GUAAACAAACAUGGCGAUCCGGUAGCAAGCCGUUAGCAAAAAACCAAGGUUUUUCCUUGGAAUAAUUACUUAUCAAUUUCUUAAUUCACUUGAUAUUAUUCUGGUUCUUUCAAAUGUCUCUCGAUAUUUCGCCAGAGAAUUGUAGUUACCGUGGCGAAGGAAAUGUUGGACUCGUGAUUAGUUUGAAAAAGGAAGAAAAAGUCUUAAAGUUAAUUAAGCAGGAGAAUGGUUCUGUGGUUGUCAAUCAUGAGGAAUCUUUCUUUAAAGAAUUGGAAAAUCAAGUUAAAAUUGUUGAAAAUGUUAUGAAGCCUCUGCUUGGAAAUGCUUUUGUCAAUACUCCUGUGAUAGUACACUUACAAAAAGAUGAGAUUAAAAUGAUCAACGGCAUGGUCGACAAAUUUAGACCAGGCAGUAGGCAACAUAAAAGUGUUAAAGAAGAAGAUUGCCAUGUUUUCAUGCUACCUGACUACUGCUCCUUGCCUCCUCAUAUGAAAAUGUUUCCCUCAUUUGGGCCUGUGAUAAGCAUUGAAAUAAAACCAAAGCAAGGAUUUGUACUGAGUGAUAAUGAUUCUAGUCUAUCUCCAAACUCCUAUAGUACCUGCCGGUUUUGCUUAAUGCAAGGUUAUAAAAUGCGAAGAGGAGUAAUCUCAAGUCGAAGUGCAUAUUGUCCAACAGAUUUAUUUUCUGGGUGCUCUUUGCGUAUGCUCCAUGCUUUAAAGAUGUUGCUCAAGUCUCCCCAGAACAAUUUUCGAAUGUUCAAAGACCAAAAACUAGUCUAUUCAGAAGAAAAGAAGGAAGACUUAAACAAAUUGCUCUCGGAUUUCUUUGAUUCAGAAAAGAAAAGUAGCUACUCAGACAUGUUGUGCAAUCUAGUCAUCAAAGCAUUGCUGGAACCUUUUGAAGAGGGAUCAUACAAAUUUCUAGUCCACCUAUUGAAUAAAAUUUCACAAAGAUGUGCCAAUUCUAACCCAUGUGAAGAAAACGAAUUUUGUCAUAAGUUGCCACGUGGCUGUGUGCUUGAGAGAAUAUUAAAUGUUCAAAGUCUAGACACAAUGGAAUUAACAAAGUUGUACCCUUUGUAUCGCAAAAUCAUUGUCAAUUCGGAACAAUCAUCAGAUUACGUUGGAUGUAUUUCAAGGUAUUCAAUUCCUUCACAUGUAGGAGAAAAUCUGAAGCAGUCAAAUGAAUCUGAUUAUCAUUUUGCUUCUAGAAAAGUCUGGGAGUUUCUAGUAGCAUUAACAAUGAAAGACUGCUCAAUUAUGCUUGCAUUCAAAAAGGUGCUAAAUUGCGGAUUAAAACUACGUAACCAGAAUGUGAUCUCUGAUGAUUAUGGGAAUUCAUACCUGAUGUCCAUUGCCAUUGCAGAUCUAGACAUUAAGCACAUCAGUAAAGUGGAAAAACUGUAUAAGGAAAGACCGUUUCUUUUAGAGUCUUGUGCUUAAACAACAUCUGUGAUGUUAAAUGUGUUUCAUUACAUUAAAUCCCAUAAAGUAUAAAUGUAAGCCAAGUAUUUUUUUAUGUUAGUUGCAUUCAAUAAACAGUUAAUGCACUCCAA